ACUUAAGUACUGUUACAUCCGUUGUGACAGCAGUGUGCGGGGCGGGGAUGGGAGGGGCAGACUGCUAGGUUUCUCAAACAACAGUCACCACCCAGCCAUGGCAUCUGCCGCACUUCUGCUGCUCCUGCUUUUCCUGCUGGUGUUCCUGCUGCUGCUAUCAGCUGACACCGUGAGGGGCGGAGUGGUGGUCACCGGGGGCUUGGCGGUGGCAUCCUUCACAGGUGGCGCGCCAGCAGUUCCUCCACACAUUAAAACGCUGCCAGAUGUCCCUGGUGCAGUACAGAGCAACGCAAACAGUGCUUCCUUUCUGCGCCUCUCACAGCAGGCAAGUGGCCGGAGGAGUGUUGGGGCCAAGCGAUAUUGGCGCCGCAGCCUCGCGCCCCCACAAGCACGGUUUGGUUCCUUUGAGGCGUGGCUGAAUGCGUUCAUGUACACAUUCAAGCGUGACACGAUAUUCAACGUGGCAAAGAUAGGAGGUCUCAUCCUGCUGUAUUAUUUUGCCCCCGAGGUGUUCACCUGGGUCAGCGGCACCCUGGGCUGAACACACCGCCUCGCAUCUCUCAGGGCAGGUGUUAGCUUAUCCUUCUACUCCGUGUGUGUGGGGGGGGCGGGGGAAGGGGGUUCAUCCCUGUAACAUACUAAAUCCCUGCAAAGACUUAAGUGAACUGAAGUGAAGUGUGUCUGCCAUUAUGAGUAAAAUAUCAAGGGAACACAUCACUUUAUCCGUGACAGAAAAAAAAAAUAAAUAAAAAAAUAAAUAUAAUCAGUCUUCGCAGUCAUGAAUUCACUACGUUUCAUAAUAUGCACAUCUCACUUUCGCCAGGGUCUGAUGCACGUGUUCUGUAACUUGUAAAUAUUGCCAGUGUAACAAUGACUGUCACGAAAGUCUACACUUUACCAGAGGCAUUACUCUCUUCUCAUCCUCAUACGUGUAAAAAUGCUACGUGUUUAUUCUUUCAGUUGUUAAAAUAUACUGAAAACAAGUUAAAACGAAA